GGCUAAACGAAAGUUGUCGUUAGUUUUGCGGCUGCAUCACUUUUGACAAAAAUCACAUGACAAUAUUGGGACGGGAGCAGAUCGAAGAUUACUUUUGCAUCAUGCUUCGUUCGUUCGUUUGUCUUCUUCUUGUUACUGUUGUAUGCCUUGCAUCUCCUUCUUUUAAAAGAGUUGUAAGACUUUCCGAUCCUUUUGGAGAACUUGGAUGGGAACUUCAAGAAUUGCAAGUCGAAGAUUAUGUGAAAGGUUCCGUGUGGCCUAAACCUCAAGGAGAAACUCCUUCAGGUGCUGUGUAUAAGUUGACGCCGGAGAAUUUUCAGUUUUCUAUCACUGGUGAGAGCAGCGAUGUUCUCAAAGAAGCCGUCGAACGUUAUAAAGUGUUAACAUUCCCAGACAAUGUGAGCGUAUCGAAGAAGAAUUUGUCCCAAAUUACUAAGCUAACUGUUGAUGUGGUUGACAAGUAUGAAAAUCUCACUCUGGAUUCCGACGAAUCUUGUAAGUAGACUUAUUUAUUCUUUCUCAGGCAGGAAUAAAGCAUGUUGCCUCGUGUCUGAUCGAAGAGGAAUUUCGUUAGUGUUUCAAUUUGACUGUGACUCGCAAAUAAUACAAACUUGUUAGAGAGGCGUAGCUAAUUAUAGUGGCUAAUUAUUGUGGAACACACAGAUUAUUCAACGCCCGUAAUUCUCUUGUCAUUAGUGGAAAAUCAAAGAUGUUUCAUGUCUUUCAUGCUGCUUAAUAGUUGUAUAUCUUAAAGUUCUCGUAAACGACACAGUAAAGUGCAAAAUGCGAACAAUUCUCAUAGUUUCUGGUAUUAUCGGUUUGUUAUGAUAAUAUUAUCCCCUCGUCUCAUAGUUCCUCAGCGUGGUUCGUGCCUUUUUUAAAUAUUAUUGACGUAGAAUUCCUUUUUUUUUUUCUUCCCUGUUAAUGUAAAGCAAAAGGGUUCGCAGAAUAUUUCGAUAUUUCUGCUUCACACCGCUGCAUACUUUCAGUCUCGUUGAGAUGGUUUUCGGAAGUGGAUAGUAAUCAAUAUGAGAAUUUUACACAGCUAUGUAAUAAACCUGCUCUGAGUUUGUUUUCCACCUGUUAUUACCAGUUGCAUUGCAUAAGGACAGAUCAAUUGAAGACAUGGUUACCCAAAAGAUUGUCAACUCGGCCAGGUUGAUAUUUACGCUGCAACAUUUUGAGCAGUCAGGGACAAUAAUGUUUUUUCAGUCUAUGACAUAAUAAGAGUAAGACUCUAUUCUAACAGACACUCACAUGAUAAGUCCAUUUUUGGAAACUGUUAGAGAAUGAAAUUUGACACUAUGAUUCAUGUAGCUAUAUAUUUGAGAGGUUUCAAGCUGGGUAAAAUAACCCAGGGUUAGUGUGAAAUCUGAUUUCAGAUCUUAAAGCUUUUUACGAAACUUCAUAAGAAUUCUUUCUGUCCACAAGUUGAUGAUCGGAUGCUCUUAAAAGAAUUAAGUAAAAUUUAUCCCAACUAGGCUUUUAAACAAAGGAAUAAUGAAGUCAUGAUUGAAAGAUUUCCUUGGAUUAGUGCUAACUGACCUUCAGUUCAUUUAGCGCAAGUAAUAAGCUUUGUCAAGGAGGCAGAAUAGGACAUUUCAUGAUAUAUCUGAUGCAUUUGAAAGCAAUCUUGGCUCCAGUCUGGUCUUCUUAUAUUGUAAACCAGAUAUCUUCAUUGAAACCACAGAUAAUUAAAACAAAUGGUCCAGCUCAGAAUAAAAAAUAAAGCAGUAACAAAGAGAGGCAGGCAGUGGGGCACAAAUUUAAGUAAAAUUCAUGCAUCACAGUAAUGUACUUUAAAAAACUUCAAAUCACACCUACCAGUAACCUUGCUUUUCUUUAAAAAUUCAUCACAUGAAUUUUGGGUUUUAAUUAUGUCAUGUGUAGACCCUUCGCCACCUUCGCAGUGACCAUUUGGCCUUAAAUCUCUUCUUGUCUCAAAGGGAAGGGAUCUUGGUAGGACUUGAUUUUUAAAAGUAUGAAUGACUUACUAACAUUAGCUGAAGGAGUCAGUGGGGAUUUUAAAUUUACUGUUAAUUUGGAAUCCUCAUGAGGAAUGGAACCUCUGACCUUCAGAUUUGGCACUUUGUUGGAUGUUCUACUAAAGGUGCACAUCAGAGUGAAGAAUCAGAAGGUUUGAAGUUCAAUUUUCCAUGGGGAAUCAGUUUUUUUCUUUGUCUGGAGAAGACUAAAAGUAACUUUCUGUAAUGGGUGUGGUGUUGAAUUUAGGCUUGAUUACAUAGGCUAUAAUAGAGUGUCCAUAACAGUUUCUAAAUUUUACAUUUUGGUCGACAAUUUCUUUUUCCUCAGAUAAACUGGAAGUUAAAGCUCCAACAUCCUCCAUCGUUGCUUAUACUGUGUGGGGAGCACUGCGGGGUAAGGUUUUUGAGUCCAUGAGAUGUUUACAUGCAGGGUUGUGUGAGGAGAAUUUUAUUUUAUUGGUUAACUAUACUUUUGUACAAUAACUUGCUGAAAUACAUAGGAAACACUGAGAAAUUCCAUCUAUCUCUCAUUUGGUGCCCAGAGUUUUUAUCAAGCAUUUAUAGGGUUGGAUUAUUCUUCAGUUUCUUAGCUAAAUUCUUUGGCUGGACUUUGAUUGCCUGAGCUGUCUUUUAUUCAGAUAUUGAGCCGUUAUGUAAUAUGUUAUCUAUAGUUUUAUAAUCUCCUGCCUCUUCUUUUCUUGUUGAAAAUCCUGGGUGAUGAGUACUAGUGUUUUCCAGAGGUGAUUUUAAAAACUCAUAUUCUAGGUAGCAAUUCAUCAUCUGGGAAACAGGAAAAGGUAUCAUUUAGAGGAUAUUAUUUUGUUGACUAAAUGUCUCACAGCUUGAAGAAAAUUACUAUUGAGUGAGAUCUUGGGUCAAGUUAGGAGAUUACUAUUUACAUGCAGCAGUGUUAGUAGCUGGUAUAAUUUUUUUUUUCAGGCCUUGAAACAUUCAGUCAGAUUGUUCACCAAGAUCUAGAUGGCUUUGUAAGUUAUGUUUAAAAUCAUUUACUUAUGUAUAAGAGAUGGAUCAAUGCACGUGUUGCCAUUAAAAGUUAAUUUUUGUACUGUGUGGUGCAUUUUUUGACAACAUAUAGUUGCUAAGCUGAUUAUCAAGAUGGAGACACUUUUAAUGGUAAAGGGUCCUCUCACAUGCUGCCCUAAUCACUUCCUCCAAUAUGGUUAUUAUACUGUAACACUACUCAGAAAACUGGCCACCGUGCAAUUCUUUCUUUUAGAUUAAAGAAGGAAAUAUGAGAAAGCAUGUCAGUUUCUCUUACACCAUAACAUUUGUUUCCCACAGCUCAACUUGUACACCUCCAUAGAUAACCAAGAUGAAAUUUCCUGUUACAACAUCAAUACAAUAUCAUGCAGACAAGUGAUGAGAAUAAAGAAAAAUAUCAAUGAGGGGAUUAAUUAUUAGAACAUUGAUCUAAUACCAAAUUCUCCCAAGUAAGGAGACUUACUAAUGAGAUCUUGGGAGUGAAAGGAUAAAGAAAAUUUUUUCAUCUUCAGCAAUUAACUGUUCAUUAUUAAUUUUUGCUUGUUUAUUCACAAACAGUAUUUUGCUAAUGGGACACAGAUUGUGGACUAUCCUCGUUUCCAUCACAGAGGAUUUAUGAUCGACACCUCUAGACACUAUCUAAAUCUCUCUGUUAUCUUUAAGUUCCUGGUAAGUUAAAUGGUAUUGGUCUUACACAUUUCAAAAAAGAAUAAGUAUUUAUAUCAGGGGUAAUUUGGUAUUAUCAAGAGGAACUUAAAGCUGACGUUUCAAGUGUUAGCCCUUCAUCUGAGUGAAUCAUGUAUACUUGAAAUGCUAUUUGUAAUUACUUAAUCAACAAUCUGCCAAUGGGGAUUUCAGGGCCACAACAAACGAAUUGAAACAUUUUGAAUAAACAUACAUUAAAGUGUUUUAAAACCCCAACUGGUGGGAGGCAAACUAUUUGGCUAAAGGAUGUACAAAGCACAGCUAAGGAGUUGAACUCAGGACAAACCAGAAUAUAUCCCAGUGAGUAGCAGGGUGGAUGGCUUGAACUCAGGACCACCAGAUUACAAGUUCAGUGCCCUGACCACUUGGCCACACUGCCUCCACUUUUUUUUGUCUGCUAUUGUUAUAGGUAGGGGAGUUGCUCUUCAUUUCUGAUGCAUACUGUGUGCCUUUUUUUUUCCACAGGAUGCCAUGUCAUAUGGAAAGUUUAAUGUUCUUCAUUGGCAUGUUGUGGAUGAUCAAUCCUUUCCAUUUUACAGCAAAACGUUUCCACAGUUGAGUGGAGUGGUAUGUAUGAAUAAGUGAUGACAUCUAGAUAAUUGAUGCUGUUAAUUUAAUUGCACUUAGAUUAAUUAGGUCUCAGAAAUGUUAACUUUUAAUGGUUGUCUUGGGGGUUGAAGGCAAGUCAGGUGGCAGGCAGCAAAUUUUUCUUGACACCUUGCUCGGUUUUGCUGACUACUGCUGUCAUCAAGACUAGGCAUGGCCAAUAAGAUGUUUUGAUUAUUAUUGUUAUAAUAAUUAUGAUAAUGAACUGACAUCAGUUAAUGGUUUGAGUAAGUGCCAGCAGUGGCCAUAAUGGCAAUCAUUGUGUAAAAUUCUUAGACAAGGUUCUCUGCAUAAGUGCUUUUCUCCAUCCUAGAGAACAGUGAGUUGUCAAGGAAACCUGCAAAAAUUCUUAGCUGCUGCAUGGCAUGAUGUUUUAGUUAUCCCAACAAUAGUCUGUAGUUCAGUACAAUAUGGAAUAAAGUGGUUUUUUUUAGAAUAGCAAGCAGGUGGUUUUGAGGGUCAGGAAGGCCUUCUAUGUCCAAGGAGAUAUGGGCUCCCCUGAAGAUCUAGGCUCUUGCUGUUAAAUUUUUUUUUUUGGGAGGGGGUCAAUCCAAAUUCAUGAUUCUUUGUUAUUCCAAGAAUUCAACCAGUUUGACAAAAUUUGAAGGAAAUUCCAUUAUGUUAGCCAAGUACGAUGAGGUUUGUGUAAUGACUGUAAGUGGGUAGCCAGUGCAUCACAAACAAGCUGAUGAACAUGCUAUUCAGCUGUUAUUGAACCUCUGCAGUCAGAAUAGAUAGCAUGUGCUUCCAAUAAUUCAGACCAGUACAUGUUAGUUAGAUGGUGCCAGUUAUCAACGGACAAAUCCAAUGAGUCAUGUUACAGUUGUGCACUUAGUUGCCAAGCCUUUGAUUUAGAGUGAGGCUUAAGGUGACCUUGCUGUGAUAGAGACCAGUAUCUAGUUAGCAUGGUAACAAAGUAAUUUACGUGUGAAAAGCAGCAAGGUUUGUAUCAUAACAUGGUAAACCUUAGCCUCACUCCUGUUCAAAGGUUUGGCAACCAAGUAUACAUGGACUAUUAGCAUACCACAUUGAGUAUAUUUGACUUAUUUCAGGGUGCAUUUAAUAACCAAACACAUAUUUAUACUGAAGAAGAAGUUAGCGAGAUCCUGGAGUAUGCAAGAAUGAGGGGAAUAAGAGUUGUUCCUGAGUUUGACACACCCGUGAGUUUUAAAAACAUAUUUAGAUGAUCACAUAUAACUUACUCAAUAAUCAGAAAUUUUUAAAUACAAAAAUGUGGUUUAAUUAUUUAGAAUACAACAGUUUGUCAUGAACACUCUAGCAAGAACAGAGAAAAAAAGCCCUCUUUUGACCUAUGCCUUAAAGUGUCCCUGACUCCUGCAUGGUUCAAUCACACUCGAUCAAAAAAACCUCAACACCCCCCCCUACCCCCCCACCACCUAUAUAAAAUUAUUUGAUCCAUAUCCCUGGACUAACAUGUAGGUGACCACAACUGGGCUCUUAAUGGGUUUUUACAUUCAACACUUUCAAGCACAUAAAAUAGAAUGAAACAUAUUUAUGUGAUGUUCAUGUAGGGUCACACCUUUUCUUGGAGGAGUAUUCAAAAUCUACUGACACCAUGCUACAAAGGAGGGAAACCAUCAGGGUAGGAAGUUAUGAAAAUUAAUUGUUGAAUUUCAAUUUUAAUUAUGGCAAAAAUAUCUUGAUGCUGUAUCAAAUCAAUUAAAUACCAUUCCUGUUAGUAAUGGUGGCAUUUUCUGAUUGGAUGUGGAGUCCAUUUUAUGGCAGCUUUUAUUGGUAAUGUUGCUUCCAUCUUUCACAUGUUUUAAGAGGCUGGCAUAUUAUUGAGUUCAUGUGGUAUUUAAUUGUUCUUGGUCUAAGAUACUUAUUAUCCUACUUUAUUAAAAGGUAUUCUUUCAAUUGUUACAAAAUUGUUUAGUGCAGCCCAAACUUUGUUACCUUGCACCCACCAAUAGUGUAGCUCCAUUUUCUGCAUAUAAACACACCCAACCCACACUUCCUCCAUGUGCUCUGGCAAAGGGCUUAUGCUUGAAAUAGCAGCUUUGAACCUCAUGACAGUGGCCAAUUUACAUUAUCAACUCAGUUGAUAAAACUAAUUUUUUGUGUUACACUCCCCCAGCAACAUAGCACCCAUCCCUCCAUAGAGGGUUGGGACUGUGACCUUGUUCUCAACUUGCAUGGCUCUGUUAUACCAAUCAGAUUAAGAUAGAGACAGUCAAAAUGUUGGUCAUUUUUUCAGAUCUUAUGGACCCAUUAACCCAAUCGUAGAGGCCAACUAUGAUUUCCUGACUAAGUUCUUUCGAGAGGUGGCAGAAAGAUUUCCAGACAAGUACAUUCACCUGGGUGGUGAUGAAGUACCCUUUAACUGUUGGUGAGUGUGAAAUUCAAAAUUCUGAAGAUUAACUGUGAGAAGUGUAAUGUGUUAAAUGUGCAUCUCUUCCUUAAAACCCCACCCUCCCCUUCCUCCCCUUGCACAUGAAUAGAUAGUGACCCUCAUCAGAAUUGUUUUGAAAAGGAAGUAAAAUCCUUAACAGAUGUGUUCAAACUUUGCAAAAUUUAUACCCAUGCAUGUGGAAAAUGCAAAAUAAAGUUGGAGUCAGCAUUUUGUUUUUGCCCAGCGUGCCAUGUCAUUUUUAAAGAUAAUCAUUUUCUUUUUUUAUGUCAAGCAUUUGUUUCAUUACCAAUUCUCUUCGCAAAUUUGAAAAGGAAGCAGAGUGUUUUUAAAUGGUGAUAACAUUCUGAGAUUUUGUUUUGAUUGUUGUUUUAGGCAAAGCAACCCUGAGAUUACUGAGUGGAUGACUAAAAUGGGCUACGGCAAAAACUAUUAUUUACUGGAGCAAUACUAUGAACAGAAGUAAGAAUUGUUAUAAAAGAUUAUUAAAUCAUUAAAUUUGUACUAAAAUUAAUAAUAACAAUAAUAAUGAUAAUAAUAAGUAAUGAUAAUAACAAGAGUCAUGAUAACAAUCACAACUGCAAUCACAAUGACCUCCACUACAAACACAAUUCCAAUCACACUAACUACCACCAGGAACACAACCACCACUGCGAUCAUGAAACUUUCUCAAUCACAACCUCCACCAUGAUCUGCACCUCAAUUCCAAUCUGCAUCCCCAUCCCGACCUCCAUGAUUGUGAUAAUGAUAAGUAAAUAAAUGUUAAUGAGCAUAGGUGGUCAGCAAAGCUGUUGGUUUAUUAGUAAAAUGAAAGGGUAUAUCUCCCUUUCAAAGUGGUUGAAAUGUAGAAAUUAUUGCCAAAUCUGGGCAAAUGGUAGGGACAAUUUGAAAGGAACGAGUUAAGAAGAAUACCUCAUGGGUUAAUUAUUAGAUCUAAUGAAAUACCCCCAGGAUAUCACUGCAGUGCUUCACUAACAAAUCAAUGCAUGAGGCCCUAUAAUGAGUUUAGAAUAUCCUGUACUAAGAAAAUAAAGGCAUGUAAUAAAGUACAUAGCACACAAUCUACUCAAAAAUACUUGUCUUAGUUUUGGAGAGAAACAUUAAAUGUGACUGGUGACAUUCAUUGCAUAUAUUCUAUUUUAAUUUUAUUUUCAGGCUUUUGAAGAUAAUAGGGAGUCUGGAGAAAGAUUACAUUGUCUGGCAAGAGGUGAUUGACAAUAACGUGGAAGUUCUGCCAAACACUGUGGUGAAUGUUUGGAAAAGUAGUCCAGCUUGGCCAGAUGAGAUGGCUAAGGUGACAGGGAAAGGGCUAAAAGCCAUUCUGUCAUCUUGUUGGUACUUGAACUAUAUUUCCUAUGGAAUAGACUGGCAUAAGGUUUGUGUGAUUUUUUUUUUUACCUUAGAUUAUAGGCUUUCCUAGCCAUUGAACGCCCGGAAAUUCACUAUUUACUUUAUGGACCCUGAACUUGGUUCCUUAGUGAUAGAUAUGCCUUGGAAGUACAUCAAGUGCCUAUAGUGCUGCUGUAGAAACUGUAGAAAGGUCACUGGUAGCAAAUUAUAAUGUGACACACCAUCAUUUAUGAUGCAUUUUGCUAUUUACAGCAUGGACCCCUUUGCUGGUCUGGUGUGAAUAGUCAUGUGAUCUCCAAAUGAGAAAUGUAGAUCUCAUUUAUUUGUUCUUUGGUUUUAUUUUUGUUUUUUUUGUUUUUUCAUGUGUUGCAGUACUACCAGUGCGAUCCUGAGAAUUUUAAUGGUAAGCUUUGGUGAUUUGUUACUGAUAAUUUAUGUUAGAGUGGAGCUUUCCUAUAAUAAGAUAUUAUGCUCACUGUUAUAGGUUAAAAAUCAUAUGCCAAGCUCAUAACCAAUCAGAUGCUCAAGAUUAUAAGACCAACUGUGACUUGGUCAAGUGCAUUCUACUAAUUUGAAGCCUCCACUUGUGGUAUUUUUAUUUUUCCAUCUGGCUGUCAUGUCCACUUUGGUUUUAGUGUGACAAUAUUUAAUCCAAAGGGCUCAUGACUGUGCAGAUUAAGGUAGAAUUAAUGAAUUACAGGCUCAGAUAUAGUGUUGCUCGAGAGAAGAGUUGGCUCAGCUGAAAAUUGUUUUCCUCUAGUCUUCUUAGAAAUGUCCGUGGUUCACUUCAGUGUUUUCCACCUGUGAUUGGACAUUCUUUUUCUAAAGAGGAGCAUGAUAGUGUAGCAGCACAAAAAUAGGGGGUGGGAAAACAAGAAAAAAGAGAAUUUUUGAAUUAACAGUCAGGUAGGAAACUGCUUCAGAACUAUGGUUUGAAUCAGGAAAUCUGGCUAUUGUUGGCCAACCUGCUUUGGACCCCCAGUCAAUAAAUAAUUGCAUAAGGCUUUGGCUGACCCCCUAAGCCAAAAUUUACGUGAUACAUUUUCAUCUAUUUAGGGACGGAUGCGCAGAAGAAACUGGUUAUGGGUGGAACUGGUUGUAUGUGGGGAGAAUUUGUAGAUGGAACAAAUAUCUUGCCGAGAACUUGGUAAGACACAUUAUGUUUUCUUCUUAACUGGAUCAAUUAUGUCAUUUUUUAAAUUAUUGGUGCUUUUCAGCACUUUAAAGCAAUUGACUUUGAAGCAAUCUUGUUUCAACACUAAAAUUUUAAAAAAUGUUUGAGGGAGCAGGAAAAGCAUCAAUGAAAGUAAAUAUUUGCUUGUGCCAAAGACAAAACAAAACCAAAAAAAAACCUUCAGAAAUUUGAUUUUACUCAAUGUGUUGCAGAAAUUCCUAGAUUGAUUUUUAGUUAGAAUUGUAAAACCUACUUCAGGCCCCGUGCACUUGCUGUUGCUGAGAGACUUUGGAGUAGCAAAUCAGUGACAGACCUAGCUGAUGCAGACAGUAGGCUUUGGGAACAUCGCUGCCGCUAUCUCAGGUAAGGAGGUGACACCCCACUUUUGAUCCAUACAGCAAACAUCACUUAUGUUUGCUCUAAUGCUUAGAAAAGACUAUGUUACAAAAAAUAAAAACUUUUUACUGAUAUUACUGCGGAUUUUAAUUUGCUCUCAUUAUCUUGGUGGAAAAAACUGGUGGCACACCUCUACAUGCAGAUAUGGACAUGUAUGUCGAUAUCUGCCACUGGAUUACAAGGGAGAUUGAAUCAGACUUGUAUAGAAGCUACCUUCCAUGUGACUCAGAUGAAUGUUCUUUUAUGGGGAAUUCUUCAAGAAACUGAGAGGAAAAUUAUCUGACCUAAUUUACAAUGAAAUGCAGUGCAGCUUAAGGCAAUGAUUAAUUCUCAGACUUUUGAAGCUAAAGGAUCAAUUUGAAGACAGUAAAAGAGGUUUGAUUAAGAGAAAAUAAUGGAACAGUUCUCUCAUUCUCUCUCAGUCUUGUACUUAUUUCUCUCCCAACCUUAAUAGUGCUCCUCUGUGUGAUUGUUUUUCUUGUAGGCGUGGAAUCCCUGCUGAGCCAGGAGUCGAGGCCAAGUAUUGCCGUCACGAAUGGAAUGUCUGA